AUGAGAAUUGAUAAUUACCUCAAGAUAGUAGGUCUUGUCUCCCUUGCUACAUAAAUGAUUUAAUGUGGCUAUUACAAAGAUGCAAAAGAAUUCAAAAAGCAUGAGCAUAUAGGCAGUGAAUUUAAAAACAUAGGGAAGAACUCGGAUCAGACAAUAUAUGUGCACUUGUUGGCUCACACUCACGAUGAUGUUGGUUGGUUAAAAACAGUAGACGAGUAUUACUCUGGUACUUAAGUAAAUGUUGCGUAUGCUGACGUUGAAAUGAUUUUAGAUACAGUGGUCUUUGAAUUGCUCUAGGAUCCUACAAAGAAAUUUACAUAUGUUGAGAUGAAAUUCUUCUCAAUGUGGUGGAAGAAUCAGACUGAUGAUAUUAAGAAUAAAGUCAGAAUGCUAGUUUAAUAAGGUAGACUAGAGAUCGUUAACGCUGGCUGGAGUAUGCAUGACGAAGCCUGCAUAAAUUAUGAGGAUAUGAUGAAUAAUAUGAUGAAAGGGCAUGAAUUUCUGCUAAAUGAAAUAGGAGUUAAGCCGAGAAUCGGUUGGCAUGUAGAUCCUUUUGGGCAUUCAAAUGCAAAUCCGAGACUGUUUGCUGAGAUGGGCUUUGAUGCUUGGUUCUUUGGUAGACUUGAUUACUAGGAUCAAGAAGUAAGAAUGAAGGAAAAAUCGAUGGAAUUCAUUUGGAGACCUAUGUUCGACCAUCUUGGACUAAGCACUCAAAUCUUCACUCAUGCUAUGUAGGAUAUGUACUGUGCUCCUGAUUUCUUAGAAAUUGAUGAAAGAUCUCAUGCUGGUGAGGCUAUUGUAAUUGAUCCAUCUCUUGAAACAUUCAACGCCGAUCAAAUUGUUUAAGAUAUGGUUAACUAUGUUAAUGAUGCAAUCUAGCAUUACUAAGGAAAUCAUAUCAUGCUUCCAUUAGGUUGCGAUUUUGCUUACUCUAAUGCAAAAUUAUAUUUUAGAAACACAGAUAGGCUGAUAAAAUACUUCAAUGCCAAAGUUCAGAAUAUUUAAUUAGUUUACUCUACUCCAGGUUCCUAUCUUGAUGCUAAGAAAUCAGAUAACUUGAUCUUCCCAGUCAAGUAUGAUGAUAUGUUUCCAUAUGCUGGCAAUGAGGAUGACUACUGGACAGGAUAUUUCACCUCAAGACCUAAUUCAAAGAAAUAGAUCAAAGAUUUCUCUGGCAACUUCCAUGCUUUUACUAAGCUCACAACAAUGAAAGUACUUGAUCAAUCAGUAUCUAACGAUACAGUUAAUCAGAUUCUUAAUGCCAAACAGUAUAUGCUAGACUAAUUGGGCAUCAAUUAGCAUCAUGAUGCUGUUACUGGAACUGCAAGAUAACAUGUUGCUGACGAUUACAAAUAAAGAAUUUAUAAAGCAACCUAACUAGGGAAUUAGAUUUAAACAUAGAUUCUAUAAGAAUAGAUUGAAUCACUAACUAACAUUAAAAGCUCUGAAUGGUCUUGGUGUAACAGAACUAAUGGCACCUAUCUGGAUUGUCCUAUUUUUAAAUAUGGAAAUCAAAAGCAUAUUGUUGCAGUAUAUAAUCCAGCAACAAUAGAUUAAUCAUUUGUUAAACUUAAGGUCCAAUACAGUACCUAUAGAGUGUUCUAUUGGAGCUUUGAGUAAAAUAAAUUCAUCGAUAUUAGCUCCAGCCAAGCUGAGGUUAUCUGUGCUGGAAGAUUAGCUGACUAAGGUGAUUACGUGUAGGAUUGUGAGCUUCAUGUGAGUAUCAGGACCCCCUCUCUAUCAUUUAACAUUCUAUAACUUGUGUUUGAUUCUCAAAUUGACUUGAAUGUAAAAGCUGACUCUGGAAAUACUCAUAAAAUAAGUGGAUAUUAAGAAUUAUUAGUAUUUGAAAAGUAUGAUCCAGAUAAUGGAGCUCUUUUUGACCUAUUAAAGAUUUAGAGUGGAAAGUAGUACAAAAUCGGGUUUGACAUGAGAGUUUACAACUCAGAUCCAGGCGACAAGAAAAAUAGUGCUAGUGGAGCUUACAUUUUUAAGCCUGACAGAAGUAAUUAAGAUUCAGUCACAUAUUGCCCAAUGACAGAUAUCAAAUCAUUCACUGGAAAGUUCACUAGUGAGAUUUAAAUGAUCUUCUAGAAUCAAGAUUAAUCAAGACAAGUAUUAGUUAGAGUAAGAUACUACGAUGUGUCUCCUGUAUCAGAAUGGGAUGUUGUGCUGUAUGGGUUGCCUGAUAAAGACAGCCAGGGUCUAGAAGUUACAGUAAAUUUCAAAUCAAUGGACAUUGACAAUCAAAAUACCUUUUAUACAGAUUCUAAUGGACUAGAAAUGCAAAAGAGAAUUUUGAAUUAUAGACCUACUUGGAACAUUACUGCAGCAAUGAAAGUCUCUUCUAAUUACUAUCCAAUCAAUAGUGCUAUCUCAAUAGUUGAUGAAAAAUAGAAACUUCAAAUGACAGUAAUGAAUGAUAGAUCUCAAGGAGGGUCAGUAUUGCAAAAGGGAAGAAUAGAACUUAUGCAAAACAGAAGACUUUAUCACGAUGACGAUAGAGGACUUUCUGAGCAUCUUAAUGAAACUGAUUCAAAUGGAAAGGGUAUAAUAGUACCCGCUACUUAUAGACUCUAAUUCCUUGAGAGAGCUAAUGAUUUCUCAUAUUAAAGAACUGAAUAGAUCGUAAUUGAUGAGCCACUAGAACUAUUCUUUACAAAUAAAGUUGAUUUCCCCAAAUCUUCGAAAUAGAGCAAAUAAUCAGGCAUAGAUAAAAUCUUGUAUUAACUAGACCUUAACUUGCCUUAAACAUUGAAAGUAAUUCCUUUCCCACUUCAAAGGAAUCAAAUUUUAUUGAGAGUUGAAAACAUUGGGGAUAAAUUUGACACAGAUUAUAGAAGCCUUUCAAUUGAUGAUACUUCAAUCACAUUCGAUAUUUUAGAUUUUGCUGUUAGACUAUUUAAUGCAUCAAACAAAAAUCCAAUAAAGCUUAAUUAUCUAGAUGUCAAGGAAUUAGCUCUUUCUGGAAAUUAACUCCUCAAAGAUAUGGUUAAAACAAAAACAGAUUGGAACACCACGGCGCCAGGUGAUAAAGACAGAUAGCCAAAGAUACCAAAGGAUAUUUCAGAUACUAAAAUUGUUUUAUCAUAGCAAAGGAUAAGACUUUUUAAUAUCACCUAUGUUAUUGCUUAAUAGCACCAUUCUCAAAACCAAAACUUGCAUUUGCUUAAAGAUCAAAAGGAAAGCCAAUUCCUAUCAUGA